AUGCUUCGAAUGGGCCUCGGGCUCGCAUCCCAUCUUGGACAAACACACGUACCCUCGUCGCCUCUUGGCUCGACACCGCAGCUUACCCAGACUGCUUCUGCGUACACCACUCCGCCAUCCCGCACACUGUCCCCAGCUCCGCCUGUCAUCCCCGACUUCACCUCACCUCACCUCACCUUGCCUCGCCUUACCUUACAUGGCAACCGUCCCGCCUUCGCCUCACGCCCAUCUUCGCCAUCCAUCCUUCCCUCUUACUCACACACCCCGCUCUUCGGACGAGACGAGGACGAAGAGAACGUCCUUCUAGCACUAGAGAUCCAGAAGCCCGGUGCGGUGCCCAAGCGCAGCCACCACCCCACCUCCGCCUCGACGUAA